UUUAAUUAAUUAAUAUACGAGAAUAAAAUGAAAUUUGUUUGGGGUUCUGGAAACGUCCUUUUGCCUCUAGAACCUGCAGGAGGGAGAGAAAGAAAAGACAUCAAUCAUCAUCACCUUUGGGAUCUGAUGUGAGGCGAAGCUUGUUCUUAACAUAUAUACAGAUGUCGUCCUACCAGAACGUUGCCGGGGGGAGACUGAGGCUGAAAGGGAAACCCCUCCACGUUUUUAAAGCUAAAGCCGAAGCAGCAGAUCCCAUUUCCAAAAAGAAGAGGAAGAAGCACAAGCACCGUUAUGCCCCCCACUCCCAGGGUGAAAACAGAAGGCUGUCAACAGAUACGACCGACGACAACCAUGAGGCUGGAAAAGAUGGCGACGAAGCUACUGCUUUUGAGGAUCAUCUUACUCCAGCUGAAAGAAAAUUCCUAGAGCAGACACGCCAACUUGAGCUCCAAAGACUGGCAAAGAUGGCCACCAAAUCACACCAUGAUCGCAUUCAGGAAUUUAACCGAUAUUUGGCUAAUCUAACUGAGCAUUAUGACAUCCCUAAAGUUGGCCCUGGUUAAUUUGUCUGGAUUUCAGAGUUCUAAAGGUAUUACCAUUGUUUGCACCAAGUCUCCCCAUGUUAUUUUGGGCAAUCAAUUGUCUGAAACUUAGUAUUUUAAAACUUUUCCAGUUUCAAUGAACCUUUUGCUGUGUUUGUGACGAGCAUAAAAAAUUUUCAUGGUUUCAUCCCUAUUUAGGGCGUUUUCAUAUGGAGUAA